AUGGAUGAUUUUAUGUGUUCUCAUGAAUAUUCCACCAAUUGUGAAAUGACAAAUGAGUAUUAAUCGAAUUUGGCUCAAAUGAUAUUUUUGAAAUAAGAGUAUUAAUUUGAAUUGAAUUAUAUAAUAAUUUGGCCGGAUGAAGUAACUCCUAUCCGUUUCUUGAUUUUAUGAGAAUAGUACAAAUUAUUAUUAUGAUAUUUAUUUACUUCACGCAAUAACCAGAUUCUCUCUCUGAGUUACCAAACCGCAUACACACAUAGAUCAAACACAUUUGAACCAAUGGAUUCUCUAUAUAAGUUACAUAUCCACAAACACACUUGGAUCAAACACAACACAUUUGUAGCAAUGGAUUCUCAUCCUUUCAUCACUCUUUUCUGCUUCUUCCUUUCAUCUCUUCCACUUUUAGCUUCUUCUACUUUACUCUUUCAGGGAUUCAACUGGGAAUCAAGUAACAAAGGAGGAUGGUACAACUCUUUGAAGAACACCAUUCCUGACUUAGCAAACGCCGGAAUCACACAUGUUUGGCUCCCUCCUCCUUCUCAAAGUGUUGGACCUCAAGGGUAUCUUCCUGGAAGGCUAUAUGAUCUUGAUGCAUCAAAAUAUGGAACAAAAGAUGAACUGAAGUCACUAAUUGCAGCUCUCAACGAUAAAGGAAUCAAGUCUGUAGCUGACAUAGUCAUCAACCAUAGAACAGCCGAGAGAAAAGAUGAUAGAGGAAUUUAUUGCAUCUUCGAAGGUGGAACUCCAGAUUCAAAGCUUGAUUGGGGUCCAUCUUUCAUUUGCAAAGGUGACACCACUUAUUCCGAUGGCAAAGGAAACGACGAUACAGGAGAGGAUUAUCAAGCUGCACCUGACAUUGAUCAUCUCAAUCCACAAGUACAAAGAGAGUUAUCUGAAUGGAUGAACUGGCUCAAAACCGAAAUUGGAUUUUCCGGUUGGAGGUUCGAUUUCGUCAAAGGUUAUGCUCCUAGUAUAACCAAAAUUUACGUGGAACAAACUAAACCAGAUUUUGCAGUUGGAGAGUAUUGGAACUCACUUUCUAACGGUAAUGACGGGAAGAUUAACUAUAAUCAAGAUGCGGCUAGAGGUGAACUUGCUAACUGGGUUGACGAUGCUGGUGGCGGAGUUGUUAACGCAUUUGAUUUUACCACCAAAGGGAUUCUUCAAGCUGCUGUACAAGGUGAACUAUGGAGGUUGAAAGAUUCGAACGGAAAACCACCUGGAUUGAUCGGUAUAAAACCCGAAAAUGGUGUAACGUUUAUUGAUAACCAUGAUACAGGUUCAACUCAGAGACUUUGGCCAUUUCCUUCUGAUAAAGUCAUUCAGGGUUAUGCGUAUAUUCUAACACAUCCCGGAACACCAUCAAUAUUCUAUGAUCAUUUCAUUGAUUGGGGUUUGAAGGAUGAGAUAACAAAAUUGGCUGCAAUAAGACAGAAGAAUGGGAUAAAUAUGAAAAGCAGUGUGAACAUUCUAGCUGCUGAUGGUGACUUAUAUGUAGCAAAGAUAGACAACAAGGUUAUUGUGAAGAUAGGGCCAAAGAUGGAUCUUGGAAAUCUUGUUCCAUCAAAUUUCCAUGUUGUUGCUUCUGGUAAAGACUAUGCUGUUUGGGAGUGAAUAAAUUGAGGACAAAUAAUAGUGUUUGUUUGUUAUAAAUUAUGUAUAUCGUUUUACUUGUAAACUCUUAAGUACUUUUAUAAGAUAAUCAUGUAUGGUUCAGAAAAAAUAUUCUAUGAUGUAUGCUAUGUUGGUUCAAGAAUAUAUAACAUUCACUCUAUUACUACUUA